AUGGCAAAUGCCUUAUUAAAUUUAUUUCUCAAAAGAUCGGUAGCCCUACCACCAAAUAAAUUAUUAAUAAAAGCUUCUGCAGCAACUAUUCACACCAGUCAAUCAAAAUCAGCAGGAAAAUGGUUCCCCGAUGCAGAAUUUAUGAAACAAUUCAACGGGCCCGUUAUGUACCCUAACGAAGCAAUUACUGAAUGGGCUUUGCCCCCUUGGGAAAACAGGGCAGCUCCCACAGAAAAGCAAGUGAAAAACAUAACUUUGAACUUUGGGCCCCAGCAUCCUGCAGCUCACGGUGUACUACGCUUGGUUUUAGAAUUAGAUGGAGAGCUAGUGAAAAGAAGUGACCCCCAUAUUGGUUUGCUGCACAGAGGAACUGAAAAACUUAUAGAAUACAAGACAUAUACCCAAGCUCUCCCUUACUUUGACCGUUUAGAUUAUGUGUCCAUGAUGUGUAAUGAGCAAUGUUAUAGUUUAGCUAUCGAAAAGUUACUGGGCAUUGAUAUACCUCUUAGGGCUAAAUACAUAAGAACGCUGUUUGCUGAAAUAACACGAAUAUUAAAUCAUAUCAUGGGUAUUACAACUCAUGCUCUAGAUAUUGGUGCGCUUACACCUUUCUUCUGGCUGUUUGAGGAAAGAGAGAAACUCAUGGAGUUUUAUGAGCGUGUAUCUGGUGCCAGAAUGCAUGCAGCAUAUAUCAGGCCUGGGGGAGUUUCGCUGGAUUUGCCCAUUGGACUUUUAGACGACAUCUACGACUUUAGUCGUAAAUUUAACGAAAGAUUGGACGAAGUAGAAGACGUUUUGACCACAAACAGGCUUUGGAUGCAAAGAACUGUUGAUGUAGGGAUCGUAUCAGCAGAAGAUGCCUUAAACUAUGGCUUUAGUGGCGUUAUGUUGCGUGGAUCCGGUAUAAAAUGGGACUUGCGUAAAUCACAACCUUAUGACGCCUACCAUUUAGUAGAUUUCGAUGUGCCCAUUGGAGUUAAAGGAGAUUGUUAUGAUAGGUAUUUGUGUCGUCUAGAAGAGAUGAGGCAAUCUUUACGUAUUAUCGAACAAUGUAUCAAUAAAAUGCCCCCGGGAGAAAUAAAAACCGACGAUGCCAAGUUAACACCACCACCAAGGGCAGAAAUGAAGACGUCUAUGGAGGCAUUGAUCCACCACUUUAAACUAUUUACCCAAGGCUUCCAGGUGCCCCCUGGAGCCACUUAUACGGCUGUGGAAGCUCCCAAAGGGGAAUUUGGUGUUUAUUUAGUUUCUGAUGGCAGUUCAAAACCGUACAGAUGUAAAAUUAAGGCCCCCGGAUUUGCUCAUUUGGCAGCAUUAGAUAAAAUUGGAAAGAAUCAUUUUCUUGCAGAUAUUGUUGCUAUCAUAGGUACAUUGGACAUUGUAUUUGGUGAAGUAGAUCGUUAAACUUUUAUAAAAGAUAGGUGGAACAAUAUGUACAUAUAAUAGUUAAUUCAAACGUUGUAAAAGUGAGUUUCCCCGUACCUCUAAUUAAUAACAGUUACAGAUUUAAUUUGAUGGAAUUAUUGUUAUUGGUAAUAAAUUGAUUUUUUUUCUCCA